CAUGAAUGUAGCAAAACCCUCCCGGUGACGGAGCAGAGGCAGAAUAGCGGCAGGGAGCUGACAGCAUCGUCACAUACCGUAGCAGGAUAGAAAGCUCCGUGCCAGCGGAGAUAUGGAGACGCCGGGGAGGAUAGCGGCCACACCGGACGCCCUGGAUUUCACGGUGGAAAACGUUGAGAAGGCCCUCCACCAGUUGUACUAUGAUCCAAAUAUAGACAACAAGAAUCUGGCCCAGAAAUGGCUGAUGCAGGCCCAGGUCUCACCUCAGGCUUGGCAGUUUUGCUGGGCACUUCUGAGCCCAGACAAGGUACCAGAGAUCCAGUAUUUUGGUGCCAGUGCACUCCACACCAAGAUUUCUCGGUAUUGGUCAGACAUCCCUACGGACCAGUAUGAGUCUCUUAAGAGCCAGCUGUUUUCCCAGAUAGCCUGCUUCUCCUCUGGGUCCAAGAUGGUGCUCACCCGACUGUGUGUUGCCCUGGCCUCACUGGCACUCAACACAAUGCCUGAAGCCUGGCCUGGCGCUGUGGCAGAAAUGGUGCGGGUGUUUCAGGAGGAAGGGGGAGGGGUGGAUGGGCGGGCACGUUGCCUGGCAUUACUGGAGCUGCUCACUGUCCUUCCUGAGGAGUUUCAGACAAGCAGACUGCCACAGUACAGAAAGGGACAGGUUCGGGGAGCCUUGGGCAGAGAGUGGGGGUCAGUGUGUCCCCUGCUUCAGCAACUGUUGCGCAGGACAGACAGCCCCGGGGCAGUGAAAGCUCGCGUGCUGCGCUGCCUGUCAUCCUGGGUGCUGCUGGAUGUGCCUCUCAGCGAGAGCGAAAGCCUGGUGCACGACUGCUUUAGUGCCCUGCCAGACCCAGAGCUCUUUGACACUGCGGUAGAGGCAAUAGUCAACGCCAUCUCACAACCUGACUCCCAAAGAUAUGUGAACACCUUGCUGAAACUGGUUCCUCAAGUGCUGGCCCUCCAAGAUCAGCUCCGAGAGGCUGUUCAGAAUGGAGAUAUGGAGACCUGCCAUGGCAUUUGCCGUAUUGCUGUCACACUGGGAGAAAACCACUCCAGGACUCUAUUGGAACAAGUGGACCACUGGCAGAGCUUCCUCGCUUUAGUCAACAUGAUCAUGUUUUGUACAGGCAUCCCUGGCCACUACCCAGUCAAUGAAACCACCAGCUCGCUCACACUUACCUUCUGGUAUACAUUACAAGAUGAAAUCAUGUCAUUUGAGUCGGACAAGCAGACAGUGUAUCUGCAGGUCUACAGGCCUGUGUAUUUCCAGUUGGUGGAUGUUCUCCUACACAAAGCCCAGUUCCCCUCUGACCAGGAGUAUGCAUCCUGGUCCUCAGAUGAGAAAGAACAGUUCCGAAUUUACAGGGUGGAUAUCUCGGACACACUCAUGUACGUGUAUGAGAUGCUGGGUGCAGAGCUGCUGAGUAACCUGUAUGAUAAACUCGGAAGGCUGUUGACUAAUGCAGAACAGCCCACGUCAUGGCAGCACACAGAAGCUUUGCUGUACGGCUUCCAGUCCAUAGCUGAGACGAUAGAUGUGAAUUACUCUGAUGUGAUCCCUGGCUUGAUAGGACUCAUUCCCAGAAUCAACAUCAACAACGUUCAGCUUGCAGACACUGUUAUGUUCACUAUAGGUGCUCUGGCAGAAUGGUUGGCAGAUCACCCAGUGAUGCUCAGCAGUGUCCUGCCUUUGGUGCUACAGGCUUUAGGGAACCCUGACCUCUCUGUUUCCUCUGUUUCUACACUCAAGAAAAUAUGUAGGGAAUGCAAAUAUGACCUGCCACCCUACGCAACCAAUAUAGUAGCUGUUUCUCAGGAGGUGCUUAUAAAACAGAUCCACAAGACAAGUCAGUGUAUGUGGCUGAUGCAGGCUCUCGGCUUCUUGCUCUCCGCUCUCCCCGUGGAGGAGAUCUUAAGAAACCUUCACUCUCUCAUCACUCCCUAUAUUCAGCAACUGGAGAAGCUAGCAGAUGAGACACCGAAUCCUUCAAAUAAACUGGCAAUCAUCCACAUCUUGGGGCUGCUGUCCAACCUAUUCACUACGCUGGACAUCAGCAAGCAGGACGACGAGUCAGUGGAAGGCUCUGCACCACCUGUCAAAGCCACCCCUCCAUCACCUGGACCAAACCCGGUGGUGGUGGUUUUGCAACAGGUGUUUGCUCUCAUACAGACUGUACUGAGCAAGUGGCUCAAUGACUCACAGGUUGUAGAGGCAGUGUGUGCCAUCUUUGAGAAAUCAGUGAAGACUCUACUUCACGAAUUUGCUCCAAUGGUAUCUCAGCUAAGUGAGAUGCUUGGGCAGAUGUACAGCACGAUACCCCAGGCCUCAGCUCUUGACCUCACACGACAGAUGGUGCAUAUCUUUGCCAGCGAGACAGACCACUUCCCGCCCAUCAAGGCUCUAUUUGAGCUAGUUACCUCGGUAACGCUGUCUAUCUUCCAACAAGGACCCAGGGAUCAUCCUGAUAUUGUUGAUUCAUUUAUGCAACUCCAAGCUCAGGCUCUCAAACGGAAGCCCGAUUUGUUCUUGUCUGAGAGUCUUGAUGCCAAAGCAGUGUUCCACUGUGGAGUUCUGUCACUCAAAUUUCCUGAGGCCCCUACAGUCAAGUCAACAUGCUUGUUCUUUACUGAAUUAUUACCCCACUGCUCAGAUGUGCCUCCACUGGCCAGGAUAGUACAGGACGAUGGGAAACUACUGGUCCAGGCCGUGUUGGAGGGCAUUGGAGGCGGGGCGUCUCGAAGCCUGAUGGACCAGUUUGCAGAGGUGCUUUUCUGUCUCAACAAGCACUGCUUUUCUCUGCUGGCUGUGUGGUUGAAGGAGGCACUGCAGCCUCCAGGAUUCCCAUCAUCACGGGUCACAGCUGAACAGAAAGUCACCUUCUCUCAGCAGAUACUCAGAGAACGAGUGAACAAAAGGAGAGUGAAGGACAUUGUCAAGGAGUUCACACUACUGUGCAGAGGGCUCCACGGUACAGAGUACGCCGCUGAGUACUGAAACUUUACCCUUGAACUCUCACCUACCCAUGACCUCUGCCCUCAGUGCAAAGAGCUGGAUGCCACAACAAUACAGUCAUCACAAACCCCUUCAGUGAAGAUAUCAUGAAAUGAUUGUACUAACGAUAACCCACCCCGCUGCAGGACAAGACAUGGAACCACUCCAGCACCAACCUGCCAUCGGAUUAAUGGACGAAUAUUAAAUCCACAUUGGCUUCUAGGGACAUAGAUUUUUUUUGGACCCUCUUUCCUCUAAUUUAAAGGUCUUUUGUUUGGGAGAGCCAUGAGCAGCACUCCCAGCAUGCUGCCUUAUGCCUCCUUCUCUCUCUGUCUUGUUCUGCCUUUCUAGAUCUUCCCGUGGUUCCUAGGUUGUUUCCUAGUGAUUAGCAUCCAUUAUGAAAUGGUAGUGGUAUCGUACGUAGCUACUUGACAUUAUUUUUCAAAGUAAAUCAAAUUAAUUAUAUAAAUGUACUGUAUAUGUAUUCACAUAUAAAAUGAUGGUUGUUGUCAGUCCUGCUGCUGCUAAUGGGAAAAGAGAAGGACCAAUGUCAGGAGAGGAAUCUGCAGGAGAAAUGAAUUACAACAAUAUUAUUUACACCCAACAGGGCCAGGGCAUGGCCUGUUAUCUCUGCAUUUGCCAAAAUAUUGUUUGUUUUUUUUUUUUUUUGUUUCUUCUUUUUUGUUAUAGAUGCCUUUUAAGUGAAGAAAGACCAUUUUAAACAACAUAACUGGACUAAAUCAGUCUCUGUAUAGGGCUGUACCUCAUGUAUAAACACCCAGUCAUACUGCAGUCUCCUCAGGUUGUAGAGUGGUUUUUAUGCCGAGGUCCCUGAGGUGAAGCAGGACUGCCUAGAGUAAUGGUGGAAGGGGAAAAUAAAAUAAAGUAGCUGUCAGUGAGAAAGGGGCACAAGAUGGAAACCAAGAAGGGAUUGGGAGGGAUUACCAAACCUGAACUUGGACUGCUUAGUCACUGUAAUCGUGCAAAAAUAUUAAUCAAGUUGUGCAUAUUAACAGUUAUUGCUGAACACUUGUGUUUAUGACUGUAUGCGUGUGUUCAUACCUGUAUGUAUGAGAGGUUGUGUGUGCACAGAUGUAUCUUUUUCCACAUGUUCAGUGCACUUAUAUUGGACCUACAGUACACAUGCAUAACUUCCUCCUAUCUCUAAACAAAGAGCUCUUUCAUUAUUUCACGCCACACUCAUUUAAACAAAUUUUUUCUUCUUAAAAUUUGACCGAGCACAUUCAGUAUUUCAUCACUGCUGAUCACCGGCAACCACACACACAUUAAACCUCCUUAUCAUCUGGAAUGACCAACCAGCGAUAAUCAUUGACCAGACUCAUCUAUCAUUGAUCUUUCAGACUGCACACCAAUAAUUGCUCUUAACAAACGCUUGUGAACAAGCCACUCAAACCCUUUGGUUUAUUUGGGUCACUGCCUUGGAGAGGACCAAGAAGGAUUAGAGUUCAGUAACAAAAUGAAACAUCUCUGAGAAGGUUUUUCAGCAUUUAAAAUAAUUAACACCACUCUGUGCUUAUCCAUUGUGAGACAUUGUCGGUGAAGUGAUGUGACGGCUGUAAAAUAGACUGUUCAGUGAACAAGCAGGACCAGUUAACACCUAAUAAUACUCAGCAUCGAAAUGUACUUUGUGGUCUCUGAUAAAACUUAAUCUCAGUCUAAUCCUUCUGUCUUAUCCGAGGUGCCUGCAGACAUGUAGCAUGUAUGUGUUUUGUGGGGGUUUUGGGGUUCAGGGGACGAACAUGUACAGUGUGUGAAAUACUGCAGAAAGACAUAAUUUAGGCUGACACGUGAGACAAGAAACUGUUUUAGAGUGACCUGUCCUGUCUCACUCUGAUCCGAACUGUGAAUGAUUGGACGUUCAAUCCUUGUUCUGUAUUGUGGUCUUAUUAAGGGCAUAGUGAGGAAAGAAAACAGUGUUUGUCACAGUUUAAAGAAAGAGUAGUUGGUGGCGGAGGGGAGGGAGAUAUGAAAUGUACAUUGUUUUUUGUACCUUGGCUUUAAUUUAUUAAAUAUAUCUAAGACUGCG